AUGUCAGUUACUAAUGAUAGCACAGUUGAGGUUUUACUUAUACAUCAGCAAAUAUUCCAGGUUGCACUGAAUGAGGGAUUGGUAUCAAAAGUCAUUUUUGCAAUAUUAAUGUCUCUGUUCUUUAUCUAUUUGAAUGCCAUCAUGGUCUACACUCUUUGGAGCAAGCCUAUUUUUAAAGAGACUCCACGCUACAUUCUGUUUAACCACAUGCUUUUCAAUGACUCGAUUCAGCUCUUUGUUACCUCUUUGUUGUAUAUUUUUAGUCUGGCCUAUCUCAAGUUAGUCAUGGCUGCUUGUGCUUUCUUAGUUUUUGUUUCAAGUACAACAUUCCGUAAUGCACCUUUAAACUUGGCUCUGAUGUCGCUAGAGCGUUAUGUGGCCAUAUGCUUUCCUCUAAGACAUGCUGAAAUAGCCACUCAAAAAAGGACUUAUAUUUCCCUUGGAAUUAUUUGGUUUAUGGGUCUGAUGCACUUUAUAAUUGACUUGCUUUAUGUAGUACUGGUGGAUCCUAAAUUUUUAACCUCACAAAUAUUUUGCACGAGAGAAAGACUCUUCAUAAAGCAAUGGCAACUAGAUGCUUAUCAGGGCUUUAAUGUAUUCUACUUUGUGUCAGUGUCGAUGAUCAUCCUUUUCACAUAUGUUAGAAUUCUGAUCACAACCAGGUCCAUUUCCUCCAAUAAAGAGUCAGCUGCAAAAGGCCACAAGACUGUACUGCUGCACCUUGUUCAGCUGGGACUGUGCCUCACUUCUUUUCUUUUUAGCCUUAUAGAGCGAGCUGCAGCAAUGGCCAGCACCAGCACCAGCGUCUUCAGCGACCUGCGUUACCUAAACUAUGUGUUUGUGUUGAUCUUGCCACGCUGUCUAAGCCCACUCAUCUAUGGACUAAGAGACAAUGCUGUACGGCCCCUAUUCAUCUACUACUUUCGCUGUGCCACAGGCAAACACACGUCUAUUGUCAAUGUACACUGA